CAGGUAGUUAAACCAACGUUGUUCAGUUAUAACGUAUAUAUAUUCGCUUGAAAAAAAUUGCAGAUUGAUUUCUACAAAAGAAAAUAUAGAAACAAAAACCGGUUCAGUGAACAAGUACCCAAGCGAAAGGUCGUGGAAAUGAAGAGUACAAAAUUGUAUACAUUGAAGCGAUAAUCCCCUCCAUUCGAUAUUAUUUUAGAACGAUAAGCUCACAAACGCGACUAUAUUUCCAGUUUUUACUUUAAAAGCCAGUUGAUUAACGAACAUCGAUCGAUUCAAGUGUUUUCUUACGUCUUCAGAAUGGUUGAUCAACAACACAAUAAAAAGGAACAUGUUAUCAAUUUCGGCGCAGGACCGGGAAAACUACCAGAAGAGGUAUUGAGAGAAGUACAGGCAGAGUUGCUUUCGUUUGCGGGUAGUGGAAUAAGUAUAGUCGAGUUAAGUCACCGUUCGAAAGAUUUCGAAAAGAUCAUCAAUGAUGCGCAAAAUGUUUUGCGAGAUUUGUUAAAUAUACCAGAUAAUUAUAAGAUUUUGUUUAUGCAAGGAGGGGGCACAGGAUUGUUUGCAGCCAUUCCAUUAAAUUUAAUGACUACCGGUGCGGCGGAUUACAUCGUUACUGGAUCAUGGUCAGCCAAAGCAGCGAAAGAAGCAAGUAAAUAUGGAAAAGUUAAUAUGGUUUUACCAAAAGAAGCAAAAUAUACAGGAAUACCGGAUCAAAGUACAUGGAAUUUGGAUUCGAAAACAUCUUACCUUUAUUAUUGCGCUAAUGAGACUAUUCAUGGUGUCGAAUGGAAUUACAUUCCGGAAACAAAUGGAGUACCGCUGAUUGCCGAUAUGUCGUCGAACAUAUUAACGAAACCCUUAGAUAUUUCGAAAUUUGGACUAAUCUUUGCUGGCGCACAGAAGAAUAUCGGACCAGCUGGCGUUACUUUAGUAAUUGUACGAGAUGAUCUUCUCGGUCAUGCCAUGUCAGUUUGUCCCACAAUUUUAAAUUUCACCGUCAUGGCAAACGAUAAUUCUUUACACAAUACUCCGCCUCUUUUCCAAAUAUAUUUUGUCAAUCGAGUAUUUAACUGGAUAAAAGAACGCGGAGGCGUUGAAACUAUGGAACAAAACGCAAUUAAAAAGAGUCAAAAGAUAUAUAAUAUAAUCGAUAAAUCUGAUGGAUUUUAUAAAUGUCCGAUCGAUAUAAAUGCACGCAGUAAAAUGAAUAUUCCAUUUAGAAUAAGAGACAAUGAUGAGGAGCUAGAAAAAGAAUUCCUUUCUGGUGCAGUCAGUCGUGGAAUGCUUCAGUUAAAGGGUCACAGGUCUGUUGGCGGUAUACGUGCUUCAUUAUAUAACGCAAUUCGAGAAGAUGAAGUUGAAGUAUUAGCAGAAUAUAUGAAAUGGUUUCAUAAGCAGCAUACUAAGAAGUAAAAACUUUCAUCAUCGAUGUUAUUAGAAAACAGCUUUUCAAUAUCGAUUUUAUUGGUCUGUAUUAUUUGUAAAUACAAGGCUAAUGUAUAUGUUUUGUAAAAUCGAUAAUAUCUUUCAUCAAAUCAAUAAGAAUUAAUUUUUUUUUUGACUAUUA